CAGUCUAGACCGAUCAGAGCGUGGAGAUAAAACACGAGUUAGCAAUGUUUCCGAGGAACCACAGCGUGUACCUGACCCUGUUUCUGUGGAUUACAGCCUCCGUGAGCUUCGGGAAUGCAGCCAUGAAGAAGCAGGACGAGUCCUUCUCCACGGGCAGCAUUUACCGAGCAAGAUGCGCUUCGAGGUGUCUCAGUCUUCACAUUACGCGCAUAUCUGCUUUCUUCAAGCAUUUUCAGAAUAACGGAUCAUUGGUGUGGUGCCAGAAUCAUAAGCAGUGCUCAAAGUGUCUGGAACCCUGCAAGGAAUCCUGGGACCUGAAGGAGAACCACUGCCAGGACUUGUGUGAGCCCCUGUUCCCUAAGAAGCACUAUGAGUGUCUGACGAGCUGUGAGUUCCUGCGGUCGGUGGAGAGCGUGAAGCAGGGCGACUGCCCCGCCCCGGAGAAGGCCAGCGGUUUCGCCGCCGCCUGUGUGGAGAGCUGUGAGGAGGAUGGAGAAUGUUCCACCGUCAAGAAGUGCUGCUCCAACGGCUGCGGCCACACCUGCCAGCUGCCCAAGAACCUGUACAAAGGAGCCCCUCUGAAGCCGCGGAAGGAGCUGGGCUUUACGGAGCUGCCGUCGGGCGUGCUGGAGAUCCGCUGGUCCUCCAAAUUCAACAUCUCCGUGGAGCCCGUCCUGUACGUGGUGCAGCGGAGGUGGAACUUCGGAAUCCACCCCAGCGAGGACGACGCCACGGACUGGCAGACCGUCGCACAGGCCACGGAGGAGCGCCUCCAGCUCGCGGACAUCCGGCCCAGUAGGUGGUACCAGUUCCGGGUUUCCGCCGUCAACGUGCACGGGACCCGCGGCUUCACGGCCCCCAGCAAGCACUUCCGCUCCUCAAAAGAUCCCUCUGCUCCCCCUGCUCCAUCCAGACUGAGGGUCACCAACAUGACGGUGGGCCCCGAGGGCCGGGUUCUGGCCCGGUUGAGCUGGACCCUGCCGGAGGAGCCGGACCUCCCCGUCCACCACUUCAAAGUGUUCUGGAGCUGGACCGUGGCCGACCGGACCGUGGUGCCGUCCAAGAAGAAGAGGAGGAAGACCACGAACGGGGCCCAGAAUUUUGUGGACCUGGAGGGGCUUCAGGCCAACAGCAGCUACACGGUGGAGCUGCAGGCAGUAACGUACUGGGGCCAGGUGCGUCUGAAGAGCGGGAAGUCAUCCCUGUACUUCACCACCAUACGGAUCAACGACACAAAAGCGUCGUCGAAGCAGAAGAAGGACGAGGCGCUGACCUCCCUCUCCAGCUCCGGCCCCGGGAAGCGGCCGGCGGGGCCCCUGGAGGUGGGGACCCCCUUUUACCAGGACAGCCUGCUCCAGGUCCGGAUCUACUGGAAGAAGCGCGGAGACUCUGUGGCCAGCCGUUACCAUGUGCAGUGGUCACCUGAGUUCUGCAGCCACAACGAGACCAGGGAACCGGAGAAGUCUGUCACCCAGGAAAACUACAUCAACCUCCCGGGCCUGCUGUUCUCCUGCAAGUACAAGGUGACCGUCCACACCAUGCGCUCCAAGGGCCGGUCCAAGGCAGAGAGCACCACCUUCCUCACCCCAGCCUGCUCCACCCUGAGGGCCAAGACCUUCAAGCACAUCCACUGCCCCGGGGAAGGAGGUGAGGCUGGUGUUGGAUCACAUUUACAGCAGAUCAGAGGAUCUACGCUGCAGAAAGUAUUGGCCAAGCCGGAGAACCUGACUGCGUCCUUCUCCACCCAUGAGGGAAACGUCACCGGCAGCUUCUUCUGGAGGGUGUCGAAGCCACACCCCCACCAGCGCGUCACGGGGUACCAGGUCACCUGGGCGGAGGUCACCACUGAGAGCCGUCAGAACAGCCUGCCCAAUAGCAUCAUCUCCCAGUCACAGAUACUGCCUCCGGACCAUAACCUGUUGGUGGUGUCCAACCUGCGUCCAGGGACGUUCUACAGGCUGGAAGUGCAGGUGAUAACGACGGGAGGAGAAGGGCCUGCCACCAUGAAGACCUUCCAGACCCCCACCCUGUCGCCAGCCCUGCAGCACCGGCCCAGGCUCAGACAGCACCACCAGCACCACCAGAAACCAUCGGCAGAGAAGCACUGAGACCCCACGCCAACCCGGACCGCAGCCGGUCACACAGGCGGGACCACUUCAGCGGUAGCGUAGGAAGCGUAAACUGGAAGCGACAAAAAAAAGAGGAAAAAAAAAGAGAAGAAAAGCCAGCAGACUGUGUAUUUACUCCAAUGGCAUGCUCCCUGGGACAGUCCGUGGGCCUCAGUGCUGGCUGAGACCUGCGUGAUCGUUCCCUCAUCACACCUUACCUUUCAAUCCAAAGCUUCCGGGACAACAACCAAACAGCGCCCCCACCUGGUCUGUGAAGAGAAGGGCAGUCUUCAGAAAAAUAAACAUCCCAAUUACCACGGCGUAAACCUUACACGAUAGAAAUAUUCCGUGAAACCUGAAGUGUCCCUGAUAGAAGCAAGGAAUGCUGCGUCGUUGCAAGCAAUUCUUUUCAUUUAGUAGAAAAAAAAUGUACCUUGCAAAAAAGACUCUUGAACAUAAUGGAAAAAAUGCCAUAAGAAUUGUAAAAUGCAAUCAUUAUAACUUGUCAUCUGUAUGGAGAAAGUAGUGUUGAAUUGUACUAUUUAUUGUACUGUACCAAGUAAUAAGAAAAGGCGCUUAAAUACAUAAUGUGGAUGGCUAAUGCAUUUAAUGAAUUUUAACAAAGGAACAUUUCAGAGUGUGACAUUGCAUGUAGACAGCCAUUUGAUUUUAACUGUAAAUGUUGCUUGCUUCAAACCGAAUGCUUUUCAUGGUUUUGCAUGACAAAACAUAGUGUUCUAUUCUAGGCAUGACGUACAUCUUUGUUACCUCUUUUGAAUAUGUUAGCAAGAUUCCACUAACAGAUUAACUGAGAACUCUAUGGGGAAUAAAUAUGUAUUGUUUAUUAAUAAAAUAACUUAGUUUGCAAAUGAUGGAAUUAUAUAUAUAUGCUUGAUUGGCUGUAGAUCUCUUUGUGAUGGUACAGUCAGUAAAUGUCUAUAUUUAUUUAUGGAUGUAUUACAGUAAAAAGUUUGAUUUGUGUGUUUGUGUGUUUGUUUUGUAGUCUAGUCCUUUUUUAAACUGACAGAACUCCUUGUAAAGACAUUUUGUAAAAAUGGAAUUGUAAAUAUAGUCUGUUAUGUUACCUAUUAUUUUUCCAUGGUAGAAAGUGUACAUACUGUUAAUUAAUAAAAGAAUCCUUAAACCUA